GCCAGUGUCGAUUGAAGUUUAAGGUUAUGUACUAAUUUUAUAAAUGCUUGGUCAAAUUUUAUAAACAUAGAAAUGUUCUCUAUUGUUUCAAAAUUACGCCCAAAUAGUAGUUUUUUUUCCUUAACCAAAACAUUCAUAUCUGAACGUAAUUAUGCCGCCAGGAAAGGCACCCGCGAACGAAAGCAGAAGAAAAAAACCAAAAAGGAAGUAGAAGUGAAGGCCAAAUUUAUCCCCCACAACCAACGGAACAAAGAUGCUUUACUAGCGGCUCGCCCCAUUCUCAAAGUCGACGAUUCCGCCCGACCUCUCCCCUUCGACGACGUCUACAUCAUGAAAUACUACCGCUGGAAAGUCUACCCUUUCCAUGAAGCUGUGGAAUCGCACCGACAAACCCACCACCCAGACAUGUACAACGAACCCAACUCCAAUCUCCUCGCCCGAAUCGAGUUAAACAUGCAAGGCGAGAAAGUCACGCGGUUCGUGGAAGACUUCUCUCGAAUUGCCGCAAUUCCACACAAGUUUGAGCACGGCGACGAGCGGGCGAUUAUCGCGUUCAGUAAAACGGCUUCUGUGCGACAGGAGGCGCUGGAUGCGGGGGCGCAGCUCGCCGGUGGUGUGGAUCUGAUCAAGCAGAUCCAAAACGGUGGCGUUUCUUUGCAGAAUUUUCAGUACAUUAUCGCGCAUCCGGAUAUUUUGCCCGAGUUGGUACCGUUAAGAGGGGUGAUGAAGAGGCGGUUUCCUAACCCGAAAAUGGGGACGCUGGCGGUCGAUUUGACUGGGGUGACGGAGAGGUUGUUGCAUGGGAUCUCGUAUAGCGCGAAGAAGGACGAGCAUGAGAAGGAUUUCGGGCUGGUGGAGGCAGUUGUGGGGACGCUGGAUAUGGAUAGUCGCUGUUUGGAGGAGAAUUUUGCCGCGUUGGUUCAGGAUGUGUAUAGGAUGAAGCCGAAACGAGAGGGAACUUUUAUUUCGAGGUGUUUAUUGGUGAGUCCGCCGUCUUCAGAAAAAUUUAAAGUUGAUCAUGAGUUGUACAUAGAAGUGAAAGACGAUAACACGCAAAAAGACGUCGAGGAUGAUGGAGAAGGAGAGCGCGUAGCGUUGUAAAUAACUUAAUAAAUUCGUAAAAAAUAAAUGUUAUAAAGAAGCUUU